UAUUGUAUUGCACCUUGGGAUUACUCGUUAACGUUACGCCUGUAUGUUCACUUAUAUAUGUGGAUGUGUGUGUGUGUGUACAAACACUGCUGAUCGCUCGCAUACAUGUCAUUAAGUCUCGUGAAUUAUUCGCGGUCGCGAUAAGCUAUACAACUGCGAUUGUUAACUGGUAAAAAGUAUGUGCGCUAAAAUCUCUUCUCUUUUCGUAAAAUUCUAAGAGAAUUUCUGCGAAAUCGACACGCGUAGCUGAGUGUUGAGUUUUCACGUGUUUUCAUCACAAGUGUUUUUAACGCACACGUGCAAUUGCGUCCUCUGAUGAUCAAAUUAUUCCGAUUAUGAGCGAUUCGGCCGCCGGUUUUUCAUCGUCGAUCACCGGUACAUAAGCGUGUGUUUCUCGGGUGACAUAUGACGCGUGGCUAUUGUGUCUACCAACUGGAAAUCAGAAGCACGAUAUCUCUUAUGCAAUUCGCGCGUGAUGGUUUAGUCGCUCGCGAUCGUAUCUGGUGAAAAAAAAUCUAUAUUUCGACUAUAUUUCGACCGAUUUAUUUUUGAAAUUACAUACUGUGUAAUGUCUCUUAUACAAUCACUCGGAGAUUCUCUCGUUGCGAGCCGUGAAAUUUUUUGAUUAUUAUCGCUAAAGAGGCAGACAUAAAUUCUCUUAGUAAUAAAGUGAAGCCUUCAGUGUAUCGAGGCUGCUUAUGAUAAUAAUAGUGUCUCGAGAUUCUGCAUCACGACUUGAUUAUGAUUUGUGAUCGAUAUAAGAACUUCAUGAGCGACACAGAUUCAUCGAUGAAAGACAUGGACAUAAAUAGAGACAUCGUGGAAUUGGGACUCCGCGUAAAACUUCGGGAACUUCACGAGGAGAACAUCCUCCUUCGCGAUGAGCUCGAACGGCAUGAGACGUCAAUCGACAAUCUCAAACAGCAAUGUAACAUUGCUGAGAGGCAACUAGAUCGUUACGUUCAGAAAUGCCAGCAACUCGAAAGAGAGAACGACGAGCAGAGAGAUCAAUUAAAUGAGGCAAUUAAGAACGGAAAGGCUACGGCCUUGACUCUUCAAAGAUGCACGAAAGAGCAGCAAAAUUUGUCGAGGCAAUUGGAAGCCGCAGAGAUUGAGGUACAAACUAUACCAUCUUUAAAAUGUAAAGUGGAAAAAAUCAGCAAAGAGAAAAUUGACUUUAUGAAACAAAUCGCUAAAUUGCAAGAGAAAUUUGAUGAGACAGAAGAUGAGUGUAAACAAUUAAAAGUCACAAUAGCUGAAAUGGAGGAAAUAAAUAUCAAGAUGAGAGAGAGCUACGAUCAGACGAUUCAUAGUCUGCGCGAAAAAAACUGUCAACUUACGGAGGAGAACACGGAACUGCAAUCGUUGUCGGUUAUUAAUAGACAUUCUUCCGGAGAAAGACUUUCGUUAUCGACAAUUCCUGAUAUAGACGGAUGUUACACACACAGCACACCUUAUAAAUCAGGAAAGAUAUUGCUGCAAGAUUCAUUAUACGCGGAAUUGAAAGCUUCAGGUUUUGUGACUGAAUGCAGCAAAUAUGACUCAUGUAGACAAGAAUUGGAUGAAUAUGACACUGCGAUUUCGACGACAUUGGAAGAGCUGGAUAAAGUUGUACAAAUUUUUGGUAAAACGCGGAGCUUUAUCGACGAUGUAUCCAAGUCCAGCUCGCAAGACAUGAACGCGGCAACUUGGAAUAUCGAGGCAUUGAAACACAAAGUGACUUUCUUACAGAAUAUGGCAAACGAAGAGGUCACGAGGAAGAGCACCAAGGAUUCGAGCACGCAGCUUCGAGCCGAUCCAGUGAUUGGAUCGAGCGACGAUUUGGAUCAAUUUGGCGUCACGGGUUUCCGAGAUUUAUUGCUGACACGCGCCCAGCCGUAUACAAAGACUGAAACGGAUCUGCGCCUUAUAACUUUAUGUAACCUCGUGAACAACGAUGAUCAUGAUGAUUCAUUCUCGAGAGUCAUAAAAACAUGCAACACGGGCACUCAAAAUCGACUCCGUAUCAUUGAACCUAUCAUCGAAGAGCUAUACGACAUCAUCGAGAGCACUCAUAAAGCUCUUAUCAAUCACAGAAAUCAUUCACCGUCCGGGAACUCAAGGUAUCGAUCGGUGCACACGUUGCCCUCGCACUCUCCGCAACCAUCUUCGCCGAAAGAGCAGCGGACAUUCAGCUGUCAAAGUUCAAUCAUAGACUUCCCCGAUGUUUCCCUCGCGCGGGGGGACUUUUGUUUGAAGCGGGAAGACCACGACGGGAAAUCAUCCCCUACAGAACCGCACGAUGUUUCCGGAAAAGGAAACCUGACCCCGAAAGAAUCGAACAUCCUGCAAAUGGAUUCGACGACAUUAGCAACGACAUCAGGGGAGGAAAAGACGAGCGCCAAGAUUGUCGAAGAAGCAACCAGCGCGAGCAACUCACCAAGUCCCCGUAGGAAAAUUUCGGUCUACUGUCGAUCCUUCAACGUGGUGACGGUGCAGGACGCGUGCGAGGAUCCUCAAGGAUCCAAUAGAGAAGUCAGACGAUCGCCGAGUAAUCUUGGCGAGUCUUCCGCGCGAAUCGACGAGAGGCUCGUUCCAGAGAAGGAUCAAAAUAGCACGUCUAAGUAUCCAUUCGAUCACAAUUAUCGGAACACGAAGAACGACAGCGAUUCGUCGAACGGCUCGACGCCGCAGAAGCAAUUCCAGGACAGUCCAUUGGAAGACGAAUUGCCGAUCGAACAGCCGGUACUUAGAAGAGUCUGCUUAGCGCCUACGCGUUUGAAACUUCCGCAAAGAAUUAACAAAUUAAACGAUACCGCUUGUGUCCCCGACUCCACCGAACCGAAUGUUUCCAAUUCUUCCCUGUCUUCUGUCGCUGACGAUGAAUGCGACGAAGACGACAAUGCUUUGCGCUCGUCUGCGACGUUCAUCAUAGACAAGUGCGAAACGGAAAUACAGGAUGGAUUAGGUGAAUCGAAAUCGUGUUCGGGGAAUUUUCCUCGGGAACGUUCUACAUCAGCUCGUCGCUUAUUUCCAUGUAAUCACACCGAUUCAAGGAAAAUCGUGGAUUCAGAGAAUCCCCACUCUCAGGCGAGCGUGCAAAGAGUCGAGAGUGAAUCGCGAAUCGCGCGGUCAGUCGAUGGCCAAAUGUCGAGUCGCGAGGAUAGUUCGGACAGCGAGUGCGAGCCGGCAACGAAGUCGACUGAUCGAGGCAUUGCUGAGAAAAUCGAUACAGCCGCCAGUGCCGUGUCGUCCACAUCGUCCAACGAUCUGGCCUCCGCGGCGAUAGUUUCUUGCAAGAGCGAGGUGCAGGAGAAGACAAAGACAUGCGACAGGAACCUGUUGAACGCGAAGCAGGAAAAACGACAGCGGCUUUUAUUCACCAGAAGGUCAUUCUCGGAGAGUGAAAGUAACGGCCGAUUGAGAUGCCGUUGCAAGCAUCAGGAAAGCGCGCCUUUGAUUCCGGAAGGAGAUCAGCGCAGAGUUUUUCCGAGCCUCACGGACUUUCGUCUGCAAGAAUCCGGAAUAGCCAAUUUAUCAUCGGACACGGACAACAGGGAGAACCUCAGCGAGCUCGAAUUGCAGAAGAGGUACAUAGUGUUUUCGCUAUGCCUUUGCACAGAUAGGUUGACUCUAUCGCGAAGGAUAGCAUUGUCGGUUCGGCAGCGCGAUCAAUCGGAGAAAAAUCUCUCCUGGGAGGUGCAGAAGAUGCAGCAGGACAUCCAGGAACUUGCGCCACUAUGCACGGACAGGGAAUCCGUGGAACGGGUGGAGCGGGUCAGACAUCAGUUGGAGAUGAUUGUGCGAUGUGCGCACAGGGUGUCCUGCGCGGCCGAGACUCUAGGCGCCGUUUACCAGGAGCAUAGGGUUUCCCGAGCCGUUCAGGUGGCCGACAGGUACCUCCAGUUGCUGCAUUCCCGAUGCGAGAAGCUGAUUGCCGAUGUCGCUGAGACUAAGCGGAUCUUGGCAGAGAACAAUAUAGUGAUAGAGGAGAACUCUGGCGAGUUUUGUGAUGAUCUGCCCCGGAUCAGAUACAGGAGCGGGACACCCGUCAAUAAUCGUAUAAUGAUGGCUAGGAGAAGAGCUAGCGUAGCCACAAUGUCUCGACCGAUUGGCAACACGCAGGAUGUGACAAAGGAUACCGUAAGGCAGCGAAACUCCGUUUCCGGACGCAUGACUAUCAGGAGACCAUCGUUCAACUCUGAAUCUCCAAAGUGGGAGGUCGAGAAAAUGGAUCGUACCGACAGUUCCAACAGCAUCGGUGAAUUACGUGGUAUCUUCGAGCAAACGGAAUCUCGUCGUAGUUCGAGAGAGGAAAAUAACAACAUGUUACGACUAAACCACUCUAGUAACCAAAAUUUAACGAAUUACGCGGUUGGCGACAACGAGAUUAGGACGAAUGCGAAGCAGCAAGCUUUUGAGUUUCUCGCUGAUGAUGAGGAUGUUAAUCUAGAUGCUACAGCGUACACAAGAUCGUCGCAAUCUUUCUUAAGAAGUAUACCAUGGCAUAAGAUGUUCUGGGGUAUUAUUAUCUUCUUUCUCGGCUUUUUCGUGAAUCAAAUUAUGGUGAACGCCUGCAACGGCCCGUUACAUGGGUGGUCGAUCGAUCAUAUUCUCAGCAGAUACAUUUAUAAGACAACAAACGCGGUGCCUCAUCCGAUGUAAGUUUCGCGCGAUGUAUGGUUUGCGUAUCGGUAAAAUAAGAUUAAGUGUACACUGUAACAUAUGUCAAUGAUAAAAAGGCUGAAUAAAUUAAUAAAUGUAAAAUUUGUUCGCCUUUUAACGAAAUCGCACGAGGUGAGGUUCUUCUUUCUUCACUGUAUUAUAAAAUAUAUAUUGGACUUAAUAGCAACGAGAAAAUACGCAAAUCUUUUCUUUUAACGAUGUAAUUAGGAGUCUUAAGAAAAUUUCUUAGACAAUUCGUUAAGAAAAUUUCUUAGACAAUAAAUUCGUUAAUAUUUGUUUCGAGAAAUUUUGUUGAGCUACUUAAACUAUAAUUUUGUUUUAACUACUU